AUUAACUUGUCGACUUGCUCCGACAGCUCCCACCCACCUCGCAAGUUCGAACCACCAACGACCAAAACUCCGAACUCCAAAUCAAAAUCACACAAACAGAAAGCUCGAAAACCAAUAAUUGUAACUUGAAAAUAUGGGCGAAGACGAAAAGGAGAGAGGAGCAUCAAGUGAUCAUCAUCAUCACCAUCCCCCUCCGCCACCCGAGUACGGAACUUUCCAAGGAGUAGCCAACUACCCACCACCGCCUCCGCCGACGGGAUUCCCUCAGCCGGCGCCGCCGCCGGGAGCCGCUAACCCUUCAGCUUCUCAUCCUGAAAGCUACCCUUAUGGAUAUCAAACCGUUCCUGGUUAUGCGGUUGCUGAAGGGCGACCUGUAAGAGAGCGUCGCCUUCGUUGCUGUGGUUGUGGACUUGGCUGGUGCUUGUUUAUCAUCGGUUUCUUCCUUGGUACCAUCCCUUGGUAUGUUGGUGCAAUUAUCCUAAUUUGUGCUAGGAAUAGGAUGGACCCCCGAGAGAAACCAGGAUAUAUCGCUUGCGCAGUUGGUGCUAUUGUUGCAACAAUUGCUAUUGUACUUGGUGCAACAAAGGGAGGUCAUGGCUGGUAAUCUCAUAGGGAGGAGUUAUAUAGCUUUGUAUGAUCGAUACAUCCACGGGUCCGGAUUCUCGGAAGACUAUGCAUGGAUGUCAAUCUUCUUAUAAGUUAUCAUGUACUGUUUGAACUUGUGUUAGCCACAAUGAUAUCUGGACUGUUAAUAUCUGAUGAUGCUAACUAUUUGUUUUGCUCCAAUCAAAAUGUUAAAGUAUGCGUAUGUCAA